AUGUCGGCAUACUAUGAAGGUUCCGAAUCUGAAAAUUCGGACCAACAAUCUGAUCCAGAGGAAUCCGAGGUAGAAAAGGGUGAAUUUGAGCUUGUCCAGAAUGAACAGGGUUUUUCAGGCGCAGUUGAGGCGGUAUGUAUUAGUUUCUUUAAUGAUAUCUUAGCAUACAGUAAGUUGUGGGAUGAGCAUUUCACACACUUGGACACAGUGUUGGGCAUCUUGAAUAAUGAGUCAUUGUAUGCUAAGGAAUCAAAAUGUGAGUUGGGUAUGACAAAAUUACUGUACUUGGGUCACAUUAUCAGCGUAGAUGGUGUGCGUAUGGAUCCUGAAAAGAUUCGUGCUAUUAUUGAGUGGCCCACUCCAGAGAACCUGACACAGUUGAGAGGGUUUCUUAGUUUAUGUGGCUUCUACCAUAGGUUUGUUAAUGGGUAUUCUCGGCAUGCAGCACCCUUGACAAACUUGAUGAAGAAGGGUGCAUUCAUAUGGACUCCUGAGGCAUAG